AUGUCCAAAAGGAGAAAAACUCAUGAUAGUUCAAGCUCUCCGGCUUCAAGCUCUCUACCUUCAAGCUCUCCGGCUUCAAGCACUCCACCUUCAAGCUCUCCACCUUCAAGCUCUCCGGCUUCAAAUUCAAUUGGUAUUGUAUCUCCUUCAGAUGCUAGUGUGCCAUUACAUGAGGAAGAAUUGAUUUAUGAUAUCGAAAAACUUCAUCAUGAUCCUAUUAGAAGAACCGAUAUAAUGAAAUAUCCUCCAAAUGAGCGAGAUACAAUUAGGAGGGCGUAUAUUCUUAGAAAACCUUAUCAGCCAAGAACUUUUUCUUUUCCUCAAAAAGAAGUUGGAGGUUCGCGUCGUCGGUUUAUGGUUUCAUGGUUUGAUAAAUGGGAUUGGCUUGAAUAUAGUAUGGAUGAAGAUGCUGCAUUUUGUUUUGUAUGCUACUUGUUCAAGAAUGAAGUUGGACAUGCGGGGGGUGAUGCAUUUGUGAAUAAAGGAUUUAAGUCGUGGAAUAAGCCGGACCGAUUUAUAAAACAUAUUGGUGGAGUUAGAAGUGCUCAUAAUAUUGCUUAUGAGAAAUAUGUGAACUUGAGGGAUGGCAAAAAGAAAUCGAUUUUGGUUUCUUUAGAUAAUGUUAGUGAUGUGAUUAACAACGAAUAUAAUGUUCGCUUGAAGGCUUCAAUUUCUUGUUUACGUUACCUAUUGGGACAAGGCAUGGCAUUUCGUGGUCACAGGGAAGGUGAAGAUUCCCUUAAUAGGGGAAAUUUUCUUGAACUUUUAAAAUGGUUGAAGGCACAUAAUGAAGUUAUUUCAAAAGUGACUUUGGAAAAUGCCCCUGGAAAUUGUCAAUUGACAUCUCCAACUAUUCAAAAAGACAUCAUCAAUUGUUGUGCUAAAGAAACAAUGAAGAGAAUUGUGGAUGAUCUUGGUGAUGACUACUUUGCUAUAUUAGCUGAUGAAUCUAGUGAUGUGUCCCAAAAGGAACAACUGGCUCUUUGUUUGCGCUAUGUUGAAAAGAAAAGGGGAAAGGUAGUUGAACGAUUCAUUGGUCUUGUGCAUGUUGGUGAUACUACAUCUUUGUCUCUUAGAAGUGCAAUUAUGACUUUACUUGUUGAACAUUCAUUAAGCCCAUCCAAGAUUCGAGGGCAAGGAUAUGAUGGGGCUAGUAACAUGAAGGGUGAGAUACAUGGACUCAAGACUUUGAUCAUGAAAGAUACUCCAAGCGCUUACUACGUACAUUGCUUUGCCCACCAGCUUCAACUAACAUUGGUAGCCAUUUCAAAAAAGAACGAUGAUUGUAGUUGGCUUUUUGAAACUGUUGGUAUUUUGUUGAAUGUAAUUGGAGUUUCUUGUAAGAGAAAUGAAUUGCUUCGCGAAGUUCAAGCACAAAAAGUUGCUCAAGCCUUGGAAAUUGGUGAACUUGAAUCGGGAUCGGGGUUGAAUCAAGAACUUAGUUUGAAGAGGCCUGGAGACACUCGUUGGAGUUCUCACUACAAGACUCUUUUGAAUAUCAUGGACUUAUUUUCUACAAUUUUUGAAGUUCUUACGAUGAUUGGAAAGAAAGAUUCCGUUUUCGAUGAUAAGUGA